GUUAGCCUGUCAGCCAUAGGUAGUAGAGUUCGUACUGAAUGGAGACAGAAACAGCGUGAGAAAAGUAAAGUGAGCAUUAUUCUCACUUGUUGAGAGAUGUGAGCUGUGUCCUCAACUGUCAGGUUUGUAAAGAGUGCAGUUAGCUCGAAGCUAACCCCGCCGUGUUUGUUGUUUACCCGUCCGCCGGGGCUGUUUUUCCUGAAGUGCCUGGAGAUGCUGAGACCAAAAUAUUUGAAAAGUUGCUGGCAGCUGCUGAAAUCGAGCUGCGAAGGAGCAGCUAAGCUAGCAGAUAUCUCGCCUUCCAUCUCAAGAAACUAUAGCCAUGGCCCCAGCUCGUUUGGACUCCUCUUCGACAUAGAUGGGGUGCUGGUCCGGGGUAGGACGCCAAUCCCCGCUGCCAAGCAGUGCUUCAAGAACCUGGUGGACCAGAAUGGAAGAUACAAGAUGCCUGUGGUGUUUGUCACAAACGCUGGAAACUGCAUGAGGCAGACCAAAGCUGAGCAUCUGUCUCAGCUGCUGGAGGUGGAGGUGUCUCCGGACCAGGUGAUGCUGUCUCACAGUCCCCUGAGAAUGUUUACCCAGUUUCACAAAAUGUGUGUGCUGGUCUCAGGACAGGGUCCUGUCGAGGAGGUCGCUUACAACCUGGGUUUCGAGGAUGUGGUCACUAUAGAUAUGCUCAGAGAGGCAUACCCCGUGUUGGAUGUUGUAGAUCACAACAGAAGACCCAAAGAUGGCAUUCCACCCACUAAAGGCUUACGGCCAAUAGAUGCUGUUGUCUUAUUUGGUGAGCCAAUCAGAUGGGAGACCAACCUCCAGCUCAUCACUGAUGUACUCCUAACCAAUGGAAACCUUGGUAGAACCUGGACUUCAACACAAUAUCCUCACAUCCCGGUCCUGGCUUGUAACAUGGACCUGCUGUGGAUGGCAGAGGCAAAGAAUCCAAGGUUUGGUCAUGGUAUGUUCCUGGUCUGCUUAGAGAAUUUAUACAAGAAGGUCACAGGCUAUGACCUGAAGUAUGAGGCUCUGAUCGGCAAACCAAGUGUGGUGACUUAUAACUACGCUGAGCUGCUGAUUAGACAGCAGGCGGAGAAUCUUGGUUGGACCACACCUGUGAAGAGACUGUAUGCCAUAGGUGAUAACCCCAUGGCUGACGUUUACGGUGCCAACCUCUACGAUCGCUUCCUUCAGACCUCUCGUCAUACCAAAGCCAAAAUGCAGGUCAAGAGUGGCGUACAAGCUGUGGAUCACAUGGAGAAAGCUAAGAUGACGUCAUCAGAACUAGGUGGAGCAGCAGGUGUGUAUGGGUCAAAGGAGGACCUUCCUGAGGGGUGCAGCUCCAUCCUUGUGUGCACAGGCGUGUACAGCAGAGAGCAGCAGGAGCUGCCGUCCGACCCGACGCAAACCGUCACAGAGCAACACAUCUUCCACGGCCACAGGGACUUUCGCUUUGACCCGACCCUCAUGCAGCCGUCAUUCGUGGUGCAUGAUGUAAAAGAGGCGGUGGAGACGGUGUUCCAGCUGGAAGGCUGGCCUCUGGUGUAAAACCAACAGCUUCUUAAACCUUAAGUCUACUUAAAAGGCUUUUAAUUUAAUCGCAACAGAAAGUAACCAAGGUUUUAUGGGUGCUUUUUGUAAUCAUCAAAGGACAGGGUGUGGUUGUUACUGUGUGAUAGAGCGAAAAGCAGAACUGUGAAAUUACAGCGCUGAAGAUAUGAAAGUUACAAAUCACAUCGGUCAUGCAUGGUACUGUGCCAGACUGUUAACGUUUUA